UAGAUUCUAGAUGAAAUCUUUUCGGGAGUUGGGCAGCUGACGUCAAUUCGAGUUUCCUUCCACCUUCCUUCAAAUCUUUCCCACACCCACAAAUACCCACAUCACAAGACAUGCAUUCAUCACCGAUUUCUGUUUAGAGCAAGAUUUUGAAUUGUUUUCUCUCAUGAUCAUGAAGCAAGCAGAAGAUAGACAUCUAGACGACGACGGCGCCGCCAAUAACGGCGAUGAUCCUGCUGCUGGACUGUCCUACCAUCCUCCGAUCAAUUUCGCCACCGUCGAAGAUCGAAUUUAUAGAUCUGGGUUUCCUCAGCCUAGUGAUUUCCCGUUUCUUGAUACAUUGCAGCUUCGAUCUGUCAUAUAUUUGUGCACCGAAUCAUACCCUAAAGAGAAUUUGGAAUUUCUUCAUUCCCGCAAUAUUCGCCUCUUUCAGUUUGGAAUUGAUGGCACCAAGGAUGCGAACAUUCCCAAGAGUAUCAUCACGGAAGCCCUCAAAGUUUUAAUUGACGUGAGAAACCAUCCCAUUUUGAUCCAUUGCAAACGAGGAAAACAUCGAACGGGGUGUCUUGUUGGGUGCCUACGAAAGCUACAAAAUUGGUGCUUAUCUUCAAUUUUUGAAGAAUACAAGAUUUAUGCGGGUGAAAAAUCGCGAGAUGCGGAUUUAAAAUUUUUAGAAGCAUAUGAUGUGUCAUACCUAAGACAAUGUCUUCAUAGCAUCAUAUAUCAAUAUCAUGGAUACGGGUCUAAAAAGAGGCGUUUGCUUUACAAAGAAGAUGUUCAACACAAGGCACGGAUAAGUUCGGUUUAGGUUUUAAUAUUCGUGCGUUAAUUCCUUUUUAGGACUUUGUUUUAGUGUUAGUUUGAAGAUAUAUACUUUCAUGAACGUGUUUUUUUAGUUGGUUUUAUCGAGAGAAUUCUUAUAGUGUUCUUGAAGGUGUUUACGAGUCCCUUUUUUUGUUUUGGGAAAGGAAAUAUAUGUGUAUAUGUGUAAUUCGGGAAGAUUAAAAGGACAAAUUGCAAGAAAUAGUAACGAAUUAUGAGUUUUUAAGAGUA